AAUAGAAUUAAAUUCCAUUUGAGCCUUCUAUCCUCCCAUCCUUUCUUUCCACCCCCUUCCUUCACAAAGACAUGGUGAAUCUCCGGAAGUUCUGCUGUCUUUCUCGCAAGAACGAUGAAGAAGCCGCCGGUCGUUCAUGCCCUAGCUCAAGAACUUCGUCUAGCAGCUGCUUUGCUGAUCAGCCAUGGGAAAUAUUCUCCCUGAAGCAACUCCUGAACGCCACAAACAACUUUAAUGACAGCAAUAAGCUCGGCGAGGGUGGCUUCGGCGCCGUCUACUGGGGCCGCACGCCCGCCGGCGGAGAGAUAGCGGUGAAGAGACUAAAGGCGAUGAGUCCGAAGGCGGAGAUGGAGUUUGCGGUGGAAGUGGAAGUGCUGGGGAGAGUUAGGCAUAAGAACCUGUUGAGUCUAAGGGGAUAUUUCGCCGGCGGAGAAGAGAGGCUGAUUGUUUAUGAUUAUAUGCCCAAUCGCAGCCUUCUCGGCCAUUUACAUGGCCGCCGCUCCUACGAUUACUUGCUUGAUUGGCGCACUCGCCUGCGCAUAGCCCUCGGCUCCGCAUCUGGGAUUGCGUACUUACACCAUGAGGCGAGCCCUCACAUCAUCCACAGAGACAUCAAAGCCAGCAACGUCCUCCUCGACGCCAAAUUCCGGCCAAAAGUGGCCGACUUCGGCUUCGCCAAGCUUAUUCCCGACGGCGUCAGCCACCUGACAACGCGUGUCAAAGGCACGCUCGGCUAUCUGGCACCUGAAUACGCGAUGUGGGGCAAAGUCUCUGAGAGCUGCGACGUCUACAGCUUCGGAAUUCUUCUCUUGGAAAUCGUCAGCGCUCGUCGGCCCAUCGAGAAACUCCCCGGCGGAGCUAAGCGCGAUAUCGUCCAGUGGGCCCUACCACUGGCGGAGAGCGGCAAAUGGGACCAGAUCGCUGACCCGCGACUGAACGGCCGGUUCGACCCGGCCCAGCUACGUAAUUGCGUUAUUGUUGCCAUUAAGUGCACGGAUGGAUGCCCCGAGAACCGGCCCGAUAUGAGGGAGGUGGUCCGGUUGCUUCGGGCCGGGAUCGGGUCGGGACGGGUCAAGGAAGUUCCGGCGGUCGAUAUGGUGGAGGAGGAGAAGAAGAUGAUUGGCUUGAAGAAGAAAGAGAAAGAGAAAGAGAAAGAGGAGGAGGAGGAGGAGGAGGCGAUAAUGAUGACGGAACCUUCAGAUUUUUUCUGUAUCAGAGAGAAAAAUGAAUCCAUGAUCAUGAGGUAAUUAACAACACCAAAAUAAUUGUAUCGGAACAUUUUGCUUAAAAUAUUUAAAAAAAAAAAUUGUAUUUAAAUGAGUUUAAUCAUUUGAGUUUUUUUUUUUGUUUUUAAUUGUGUCCGUCUGUCUUUUUAUGUAAUUUAAAAUAAUGUGGCUGUUAAAAAAGACAGGUUUUUUUGAACCUUAGUUUGGGAAACAAA